AAAUGGUGGCAGGUUGGUUUAGUCGAGUUUUCCGUCGGUUGAAGGAAUGUUCUUGAAGGCCAUUCGGACAAAGGGCUGGAGCCUCAAGUCACCCAAUGGCGACCUAUACACCCUUGAAGCGAACCUGGUCAGCAAGGCUAUACGGGAACUAACAGAUGGCGCUGACAAGGACCCCAUCACCAAGCUACGACUUUUAUGCUUUAGCCGCGGAGCAACAGGCAUAUUAGGACUGGGCAGAGCCUUCCGGGCGAUGGACGACGAUGGCAGCAAAGCGCUUAACGAGGAGGAAUUCAUCACCGGGAUCCGGGACACGGGACUAGAUGUCACCGAGGAGGAGAUCAAGCAGAUGUUUCAAACAUUCGAUGAAGACGGCAGUGGAUCCAUCAAUAUGACAGAGUUCUUGCUCAAGCUAAGGCCUCCAAUGCCGCAGUGUCGGUUGAAUAUUAUCGAUCAGGCUUUCGACAAAAUGGAUCGUGAUGACGAUGGUGUUAUUACCAUUGCGGAUCUAAAGAAUGUUUAUUCUGUAAAGGAGCAUCCGAAGUUUCAGAGCGGUGAGAAAAGCGAGGAUGAAAUUCUUACCGAUUUUCUGCACAACUUUGAGGGAGGUCGUGGCAAUCUUGAUGGCAAGAUAACUCGCGAGGAGUUCGUGAACUACUACGCCACAAUUAGUGCCUCAAUCGACAACGAUAUGUACUUUGACCUGAUGAUGCGACGGGCCUAUGCAAUGUAAAUAUUAGCAACAUGCAACCACUUCACUUAAAUCUCAAUCACGACUCAUGUAUAAUUUAUAAACUGCUCAGCAAAUAAAAUAGAAUCCUUUUUAUGCAAU